CUGGAGAGGAGACACCACAGAUUAUAAAUAAGUGCGAGAGACAGACCAGAGACAUCAGAGCGUCGAGACACACUGACAUCAGGAUCUUCAUCAGAUCACUUCUGCUGAAAUCUGACCAUGAAGCUGGUUUCAGUCGUCCUCCUCCUGCUGGCUCCUCUGUUGAUCAGUUGCCAGACGCCCUUUCCGCCGUUGGACUGCAAUGAGAUUUAUAAUAAUGAUAACAGCCGACCCAGUGGAGUGUACACCAUCCAUCCCUCCGCUUCUUCUUCUGUCCAGGUGUACUGUGACAUGGAUUCACAAGGAGGAGGGUGGACGGUGUUCCAGAGGAGGAUGAACGGCACAGUGAACUUCUACAGGGGCUGGGAUGAAUACAAGACCGGCUUUGGUAACCCUGCUGGAGAGUACUGGCUCGGUCUCAAGUCUGUCUUCUACCUGACUAACACUAAAAGGUACGAGCUGCUGGUCGACAUGGAGGACUUUGAAGGAAACACAGUGUUCGCUCGUUACUCCAAAAUCACCCUAGACCCAGAGUCCUACGGAUACCCACUGUAUAUUUCUGGAUUCACUGAUGGAGGAGCAGGAGACUCCCUGAGUUUUCACAACAGACAGAGGUUCACCACCUUCGACAAAGACCAGGACUCCUAUUCAGGGAACUGUGCCAGAUUAAGCCUGGGGGCGUUCUGGUACAACAACUGUCACCAUGCAAAUCCAAAUGGUGUUUAUCGUUGGGGGGCUGACAGCACUGUCUCUCAUGUUGGAGUGGAGUGGAUUAGUUUUAAAGGUUAUAACUACUCCCUGAAGACCAUCAGCAUGAAGAUCCGUCCUGUGCAGUAGUUCUCCAGGACCAGUGUACAGCAGAAUAUCAGCUCAUCUCUUCUGAUUUCUUUCUCUUUCUCUCAUUAAGCAUUUCAUCUUACAACAGGUCUUAUUUUCCUGAAACUGGGCACCAACACAAGAAAACCAACUGAUGUUUGUAAAUCUUGUUACAGUCUGUGAUGGUUUAAAGCAGUCGCAGCUCGCUGCAACGUGGAAGAAAAGUCAGAUGUGUCUCCAGUUGGGCGGCUGCAGCAGGAAAGUAGGGCCCAUAAUCUUUAAAUGGAAACACAUAUAUAGUCUGAUCAGCUGUUAAUCACUGCAUGAACUGAUAACAUGAGUCUAAAAGAGAGAAAGAAGUAAAAUGAAAAGUAUGAAAAGAUUUUUGCAGUUCAGGACAGCCAGUUGAUGUUUGGUGGAGGUUUGAAACUCUAAUGUGAAUCUUUAUCUGCUGUACGGUGACAAUAAAUAAGAAGCUGAGCAUUAA